AUGGAAGAUAAGCCUGCAAACAAAGCUAUAAAUUUCUUACUCACUUAUUAAUAAAAAGCACUCUUUUAUUGCUGUUUUAAAAAAAAAAAUUAUGUCUCUUAUUAUCUUAAAAUCAAUUUUUAAAGGCUAAAAAAAUUAAAAGCAUUUAAUUCGUAAUUAAAUUCCCAGGAAAAUAUUUUAGAAAAGUUUGCUCGUGGGAGUUAGAAAAAAAUGGUCUUGUCCAAGCAUAUGAGUGUAAUUGUUAAUUAGAUCUUCUCACAAGUUUAUGUGAGCAUGGCUUGCCAACUGGAGACCUGUAUGAAUUUUCAGCCCUUAUGAUGCUAAAAUUUGAAAAGAAAUGAAAAGCAAAACAGCGUCAAUUAGCCUUAAAAGCCAAACAAGAAUCAACCCCCGAGAAAAAAGUCAAAGGCGAAGAGCCAAAAGAAGAAGAAAAAAAGAAACCUUCAGAUCCUACCAAAAGAAAAGGAUUUGAAGACGAAAAAAAGCUAAAACCGCCUCCAGAAGAUGAGAAAAAAGCUAAAAACAGAUCGCCUGAAAGAAGCUAUGAAGACUCUAAAAAUAGAUCCCCUGAAAGGCGUGAAGACAAUAAAAAACAGAAAAAUCCUAUUGAGGAUGAGAAAAAAGGGAAAAUUAAAGAAGAAAUUAAGCGUGUCCAGCCUGAAGAACCGAAAAAAGGAACAGUGAGGAAAACAGAUGAAAGCUCUAGAUCUCCUGAACCACAAAGAAAAAUGCCUCAAGAGUCAGUUAGAAGUAAAAAAUAA